UUGUCGCUUCUGCUUUUGUUCGACUGCUUCUCUGCCCCUCCGCCUCCAACAGGGGGCGGGCACGGGGGCGGGUUGCGUGCAGCCGAAACAGGAAGACGGCGAAGAGAGAGCAGAAAGAGAGAGUGUGAAGAAAGUCCCACACUGGGAAACGCCAGCAAUUUGUUGUUGUUGUUUUUGUGAGCUCCGUCAAGGUUCCGACGAGAUGUAAACUUGGUCCACCGUGGUGACUGCAAGAUGUUCUAGAAGAGGUCACACAAGGCAAGAAGCAACGUCUGGAGGUGCACCCCGACCCUCCUUGACUCUCCUUCGUCUCCCGCUCGGCUCCAGAUCGAUGGCGUGCGCCGAGCCGAACGUGGUCGACAUGUCUGAAGGUGCGGCCCGCACGGAGCGAGAAGGCGGGGCCCAGACGCAGGCCGCCGAAAAAGUCACAAAUGCUGAAAAGAGCUUCAAACCCCACCCGGUGGACCAAGACGAGCGCCCAGAGGGGGAAAGUCCGGAUGUGGCGUGUGACUUGUUCCAGAUCCGCGUGGAUCACGCGGAGGCGGGCCUCCUGACGCCGGACUUCCCGGAGUCGCUGUACGAGUUGCUGUGCACGCUGCAGGAGGGCCGACGUCUCAACGACCAGCGCUGCUCCUUCACGCUGGAGGGCGGCGGCGCGACGACGACGAGGAGGAGAUGCCACUCCGAGCCCAACGCCGCCAAGCCGACGCACAGAGUGAUCUUCUCGUCCAUGACGUCGCUUCAGCGAGAGGAAUUUUUCGAGCUGGUGGCGAAGGCGCAGGCUCGUCGCCUGGACGAGCAGCGGGCGCAGCUGCAAAGGUCGCCGCGAGGCAAGCAGAAAGGUCGGAGCUUCCGAGGAAGUCUCAAGCAGCUCUCGUUGACCAGGAGAGUCCCCAAGGCGCCUGCCAAAGAGGAGCUCUACAACAUGAUCCUCACCACGCAGGCUCAAGGCAGGCUGGAGGAUCAGCGCAGCAGGCCUCCCGGCCCCAUGGAUGACGACGACUUCUUCUCGCUGCUGCUGAGGGUCCAGGGGGGGCGCAUGGACGAGCAGAGGACUGAACUGCCUCGCAUGCUGCAAACAUGAGGAGAACCAAAAAAAAAAAAAGCUUGAAUGUGAAUGAUCGUUUUGCUUUCUUCCCAAGUUGCGCAGGUCACUGAAUGUCGGUGGGGGGGGGGGGGGGGGGGGGGGGGGUUGUCUGGUGCCCUCCCGACUCCGAGGAUUGUUCGCUGCCUAAAAAUUCAUUAAAGAAAAAGUGCACCCCAGCCGCUUGCUUGAUUUAGAGAUAUAAAGUCACCCCUCGACAUAUCGCGGCUCACUUUUUGCAGUGUUGUGGCUAUCUAACUUAUAGCGCACAUUUUUCACGACUGUAUAUCGCAGUCAUUUUGCCAUAAAUACAAACGUCACUGCAGCCUCAUUGUUGACAUUUUUGCAGAUUUAUUAAAAAAGAACAACUGAAAUAUCACAAGCAGCACGGUGGACGACCGGUUAGAGCGUCCGCCUCACAGUUCUGUGGUCCGGGGUUCGAUCCCCGGCCCCGCCUGUGUGGAGCUUGCAUGUCCCCCCCCCCCCCCCGUGCCUGCGUGGGUUUUCUUCGGGCACUCCGGUUUCCUCCCACAUCCCCAAAACAUGCAUGCUAGGUUAACUGAAGACUCUAAAUUGCCCGUAGGUGUGAAUGUGACUGCGAAUGGUUGUUUAUACUGUAUGUGCCCUGCGAUUGGCUGGCGACCAGUUCAGGGUGUACCCCGAACUCCAUGCAGGUUUUCGCGUGUCUCGCACUGACGAGAGGCUUCCGUCGGACUGGUGGAGGGCUGCAGUGAUGGUUGACUUUCUAGAACUUUCUUCCAUCUCCCGACUGCAUCUCUGAAGCCACAGUGAUCUUUGGGUUCUUCUUUACCUCACUCACCAAGAGUCUUCUCCCCCGAUCGCUCCGUUUGGUCGGACGGCCAGCUCUCGGAAGGGUUCUGAUCGUCCCAAACGUCUUCCAUUUCAGGAUAAUGGAGGCCACUGUGCUCUUAGGAACCUGAAGUGCAGCAGAAUUGUUUUUUUUGUAACCUUGGCCUCUUCAGGCAGUGCCUUUGACCUCAUGAUUGUCAUUUGCUCGGACAUGCACUGUGAGCUGAAAGGCCUUCUAUAGACAGGGGGCGUGGCUUUCCUAAUCAAGUCCGAUCUGUGUCAUCAAACACAGCUGCACUCCAAUGAAGGUGGAGAACCAUCUCAAGGAUGAGCAGAAGAAAUGGACAAAUAUAUCAGUGUCACAGCAAAGGCUCUGAAUACUUAUGGCUGUGUGAUAUUUCACUUUUUCUUUUUUAAUAAAUCUGCAGAAUUUUCA